GUGUAUACUGGGGAACAAGGCGACGAAGACAACAAGAACAACGAGAUGGCGGCCAACCGACCCAAGUUCAAGAGCAGCCUCGCUGCGUCGCUCGCCACGGACGGCAACGAGAAGGACCACGCGCCCAGCGGCCGGGGUAAGUCGUCAGGCCGCGACCGACCAGCCAAGCAGCCAUCGAUGGACGAGCAUGAUGCGCCCAAGACCCACGAGGCGCGGACAAAGAAGCGCAUGGUCUACGCGCCCAAGAAGGACGUGACGAAGGAGGCGACACCUUCGGAGGCGCCGCCGACCAAGUUCCGAUCGAGCUUGAUGGCGUCCGUAGACACGGUGACAGAGCCCAAGGCCGUCGCUGUCGCGUCCGAGCCGUCGCCGCCGGCCAAGACGCCCUUCAAGUCGUCGCUCAUAGUGGCGGCCGGCAAUGACGACAGUAGCGCGCCCAAGACACAUCGACAUGACGAAAAGACGUAUCGCGAAGCCAAGCCGCGCUUCAAGUCGUCGUUGCAUGCAACCUUGCAGGAGGCCGAGGCCAAGCCGGCGCGUAAUGACGGGCCGCGCUCUAGCUUCAAGAAGCGCGACGUAUCGAUUGAGCGGCAGCCACGCGAUCGAACGGUCACGCUCGAGCGACAGAGCUCUCAGGCAAGCAGCCAUGACGGGAAGAAGCCGUCGAUUCUGUCACGAGUCGGCCCGAAGCACACCUCUACAGACGAUCCCCGCGGCCUCUCUCGGUCCAGCUCCCGCUCUUCCAUGGACGACGCGCCGCCACGCGAGGCGCGACGCGACCGAAGCAAUAGCGGUAAACGGGACAGCGACUCUUCGCGGCGCAACAUCGAGUCACACGCACCGCCGCCGCCGGCACCACUCGCACGAAAGACCUCAUUCGAGAGCCGGGGGCCCGCGCUGCACCGACAAGCAUCUGCGGGACCUGCCGUCCAGCGGCCAGCCCAAGCCCCGUCCCCCGAAGUGCGUAAAGUGACAUUGACACGCACUGUGACGGACGAGCAGCCGCAGUAUGCGACGCUGCGAGAACGGCUGCAGGCCCGCGGCGCCAUGUCGGUCGAGAAGCCGCGCAGCAGCUUUGCAGCAUCAUCGUUCGACAAGCCGAGGUCGGUCGAAAAGCCCCGCGGCGAGUCGCUAAGUGAGAAAGAGAAGCGCACAAACGACUACUACGCCAAGCUCCAGAAGGAGACCGCGCCCAAGCCAUCCGCGCCGGUCUUCAAGUCGUCGCUCAUGCAAAGCAUGAAGUCGAGUCUCUCGUCGUCGCUCGCCUUAAGCAUCGCACGCGAGCCCACGAAGCCGCUCGAGAAGAUGCGCUACUCGUAUCUCGAAUUGCUGAGCUACAAGCGCGAGUACCCCAAGCCGGCCGACUUGACCGCCGACAUGACCGUCAUCACGAUGCCAGCGUCACCGCGCGCGCUUGCGCGGUCAGCAAAAGGCUCGUUCGCGUCGCGCGACCGUAGCUCGUUGCGCCGAGGCACUGCGUCGCAGCGGCCAUCUGCGUCCCAUGGCAACAAUGCUGGCAACGGCCGCCGCGAGCGCGAGCGCGACUACGGUGGCAAGAAGGGCGGCAAAGGGCGCCGCGGUGGACGAGACGUCGCGCCGCCGCCGCUUCUCGAUGGACCGUACGAGCCGUUUGUCAAGUCGGAGAAGCGCUGGGUGCCAUCCAAAGAAAAGGUCGUCGUUAUCGACGACUCGGUCGCGGCCACGGUCAAGACUCUCCUCAACAAGCUCACGCGUGAGCUCUUUGAGAAGCUCACGCUGUCGUUUUGCGAAAUUCCACUCACGUCGUUUGGGGUGCUUCGCACCAUCGUUCGCAUGAUCAUGGAGAAGGCGCUGGACGAGCCCAACUUUGCCGAGGUGUACGCCGACCUCUGCGCGCGCCUUCACGCCCACACGCUCGCCAACGGCGCCUACAAGUUUCUGCACCCGGUGCAGCACGCCACCAGCAAGAGCUGGCUCUGGACGGCCAUUUCGAGCCCGUCGUUUCCGCCGUUCUAUGGUCCCUACGAGAGUGUCGACGCGUGCGUGGCCGCGCCGCCGUCGAGCGACCCGCCUGUCGCGGUGGACGAGCUCAACGUGCCGUCGUUCUACUGCAACGACACCCACCUCUUUGCUAUUUGCACCAAGCGCGCCGGCGCCGGCUACUUUGUCUCGGCCAAAACCCGCGACUCGCUGACCGAAGACGAACUGCUGCUCGGUAACUUUCCUUCGGCGGACGCUGCGAUGAAGGCGGCUGUCAAGUGCACAACGUUCAAGCGCCUUCUUGUGACGCGCUGCCAGGACGAGUUUGACAAAUGGAACGUGGCCGACAAGACCGUGGCGCCGACGACCGAAGAAGAAAAGCACCGUGCGGCGCUGGUGGCCAAGCGCGCCAAAGCCCGCAUGCUUGGCAACAUGCGCUUCAUCGGCGAGCUCUUCAAGGUCGAGCUCCUCGCGGAAAACGUGGUUCAAACGUGCUUGCUCAAGCUCCUCGGUCUUCGCCUCGUGACGACCGAGACGCAGGGCAUUGCGCUGCAGACGCUUCGCAUGCCGGACGAGGAAGAGCUCGAAGCGCUCUGCAAGAUGCUUGCGACCGUCGGCAAGAAGUUUGAUCAUGACGGCGUCAAGACGGUCAUGAAUGGCAUCAUUGUUCGUCUCGUCGAACUGUCCGAGACGCCGUCGCUGCCGUCCCGGACGCGCUUUCUGCUCAAGGACCUUCUCGAGACUCGCGACUACCAAUGGGUGCCCCGGCGCAAGGAACUGCAACAAAAAACACUCGACGAAGUCCGCAAGGAAGCCGAGAAGCUCCAGCGUCUCGGGAAGAACGCGCAGCACGACGAUUUGGUCGGGAAGCGCAAGAAGACUGCGAACUCGAGCGAGAAACUCGCCAAGCAAAACAGCACGCUCUUGCUGCGGGCUCCCGCGCCGCUGUCGCCGGCCGCGGCUUCGAGUCGCAUCAAGGGCAUUGUCAAGGAGUACCUUGCGUCGCACGACCUCGACGAGACGCGCGCGUGUCUCCGCGAGCUGCCCCGGGACGUGCACGUGUCGUUCAUCGAUACGGCCUUGACAUAUGCGCUCGAAGGCAAGGACCACGAGCGGUCCGCGGCCGUCGAUAUGCUGGCGUCGCUCUACGAGACGUUGGAUCUGGGCGCCACCGAGAUGCAGAGCGCGCUCCUCAACACGCUCGAGUUUCUCGACGAUCUCCGCAUCGAUAUCCCCAUGGUGCACGAGUCGUUGGCGGCCGUGCUGGGUCGGCUCAUUCUGGCAGGUUGCUUUGGUCUCUCCUGGCUACAGUCGGUCGUGGGGCACUUGGUGGACAGCGGGCUUGCCGGGCUCUUGCUGGCCGAAGUUCUCUCUGUGAUUGAAGAAGAGACGUCGCUCGAGUCGGUCGUUGCCAUGAUUGCACGUGAAGAGCUCUCGGUCGUUGCCUUCUUGCCCGACGGCGCAUCGGUCGACGCGUUUCUUAAGGAGCAGGAGAUCGACAUGUACUUUUACGAUGACGAGGAAGACGAGGAUGAUGAAGAGCUCUGGGCGCGACUGACGCCGAUUGUCGACGAGUACCUUGUCGUUGGCGACAUUGCUGAGGUCGAAACGUGCCUCCACGAGCUCGCGGCGCACGAGAAGCUCCACAUGACGCUCGUCAAACUCGUUCUCAACAUGCUCUGCGAGUGCAAGAGCAGUCAACGCGCGCAGCUUGUGACGGUCCUCCGCGAUCUCCACGGCCGAGGGACGCUGCCGACGGCAGAUCUCCAAGCCGCCCUCGCGUGGUGGCUCGUCUCCAUCUUUGAAGACGUUGAGAUUGACGUGCCGCAAGCGGCCAGCUACGUGGCACCCGUGCCUGCGUUUCUGGUUGCAGCAGGUGCCAUUCCCCUGGCGUGGCUCACGACCACGCUUCGCCCGCUGGUCGAGAGUGGAUUGGCGGCCAAGCUUGUCCAAGCGACGUGCGCCGAGAUCGAGACGAGUCUGGGCCACGAAGCCACCGUUGCCCUCGUCCAGGCCAGCGCGGUCGCCCUCAAGGACGUUGCGACGCUACCAGCCCAUGUCGACAAGGUCGCGCCGUGGUUCGCAUAAGGUCGUUGGGUCGUUAGGACACGAUAGGUUGACACUCUUAUAUAUGUAUUGGUUGCGACGCAUACUACGA